UUUUUUUUGAAGAAAACAUUCGUAUUUCAUUGAUAUGGACGGCAAGUCACUGGCAGUAGCAACACAUAAACUUAUGUUAGUAUUUAUCGGAGUGCAUGUUAGUUAAGACGAGUCUCUCUCUCCUUCUAAAUCGCACGAAAGUAGUGAGCGCAGAUUCGAUUCGGAAAAUUCACUUGCGCCCGCGAACACUGUUUUUUUUUUUUCAAUUUGAAAAGUGACAUAACGAUUUUUAUUCGGUUUUUUUCGAAUUUUUUAUUUGGACAAAAUCACGACAAAAGAAUUAAAAGCAAAAAAGAACGAUUAAAAGUGACAACGAGAAAAAUGAAAGUUUUUGUUUGGUGAUUUUUGCUGACGAAAAUCAAGUGAAAAAAACAAAAAAACAUAAUAAAACUGAUUUACAGCCGUUGAAAAUUGUGCAACAAAGCUGCUUCUUGGAUUUUUUGUCCAAAAAAAAAAAUGACUUCAUCAGAACACAAAUCAGAGCAAAUCCAUUAAAUGCACUGAAAUCGAUUAAAUCCAAGCCAAAACGAACGAAUGACAACGACGAAGACGUCGACAGCACAUACAAAAACAGACGCAUUUAAAUGCAACUUGAAAGGUUAAUGGAAAAAAGGCACCCAGAAUUAAUAACACAAAUAAAUUGUUUUGAAACGUUUUUAUGUAGUAUACAUGUUCUAAUGCGGUUCUAGUGCGUUGUGUGUUUAUUUAGUGAAAUAGAAAACAAGUGAAUUGGAGCGCUACCAAAAAUACGCUCUCGUCAAUUUAUGGAUAUAUAUCAUUGCAUUUUAUGGAUUUUUCUUCUGGUUCAGUUGAUGCAGUUGAAUGUGUGUGUGACAACUAAUCAUAAAUAAUCCCCCAAAUUUGGAACAGCUCAAUCAAUGUUUGCUCAAGAGUCUGGGCUAUUUUAAGUGAUUUGUUCGGUUAAAAUUAAAUUCAUUACAGACUAUGUUGAAAAGUUCUGGUGGACUUUGUUGAGUCUAUGAUUGAGUGUUGAGUCAAGCCAAAGCCAACAGCAAAGCCAAGCCGAGCCGAGCCAAAAUCAAAGCCUCAGUUUGACCAACGAAUGAUUAUUACGAAAGAAAAAAAUUCACUUCAAUAGUUCAUAUCGAGAAGACAGUGCUGCGUAUUGAUUUGGUGUGUAUAUGGUUUGGGAUUGACGGUCACAAAGUGAAACAAAUCAUGUAAUUUAAUGUGAAUCUGUGAAAUGACUGUGUGUCCACAUAUAGUUGCGUAUUGCCGAGAUUUUACACUAUGUGUUUUCCAAUACGACAAAGUGUCUCUGUACUGGCUCAAGUAAUGCUGCAUUUACAUUCAAACACGAGCUAAAUAACGAAAUAAAAUUGUGAACAGGACAGAGACAGUGCGAGUGACAGAGAAGGAAAGUGAAGCUAAACAGUCUGCUCUUUAUAUGUGCAGUGCGAUUCGAAUAAGUUAAUCAAAAUCCCACAAUUGGAUCUUCUAUUUGAAUGGCUGCAGAGAGGGAAAAAAGGAAGACGAUAAGCAUUUAACUACAUUGAAGACAAUUGAUUUAAACAGACACAGAGUGAGAGACUGAUUUCAUAUUAACGUUACGGAAGAGAAAGAAGCCGAUCGGCGCGCGUAAAUGAAUCGCAAUAAUUAAUUAAAGGAAAAACAAACAAAGAAUUCAGCUUCUUGUCUGCCCUCACCUCAGCUCGGACGUAAUUUAAAAUUCUUCAGCGAUCGCAAUUCUUCUUUUUUUUCUGUAAUAUGAUUUGCGUAAUGCGGCCCCACUGAAUGAUGUCUUGAAUAAAUAACACGACAAUUGAUUGGGCAAAAUAUUCAAAUUAAAGCGCGAAUACAAUUCCACGUACACAAAAUACACCGCCAUUCAAACCGAUUAAAAUUUACUUUGAAACGGCAAAUAUGAAUGUGGCCAUUGUCAUUGUUUUAUCGUCGAUUUUUAAUUUAUUAUCAUGUGCAAAGCUCGACCGCAUUCAUACACACCGAACGGCCACACCAAUGAUGCCAACAACAUCAAUGGAAUUCAUAAGUUCAUCAACAGACUCUCAUGGCAAAGGUACCAAUGACGAUACAAAAGGCUUUGGUUUAUCACAACUUCGGAAUGAAAAUGAUGGGAAUCAGAUAGAAACGCCUCACUCGAAUAUGGUCGACCGAUUAUCUAAUGAAAAUAAAGAAAAUAAGGAUUCCAUUCCAUCACUCAACGAAUCAAAAAGUGGUUUAAAUCCACCAUACUUUACAAGUCCGGAAGGUAUGAGCAAAUUCAUUCCAAAACUAUCUGGAGAUAUGGCCAAAAUUCCUUGUAGAGCCGCAGGAACACCCGCUCCAAACAUAACUUGGACGAAAGAUUCAAAUCAGCUCACGAGAACCAAUGGCAGGGUCCAGUUUCGAAAAUGGGUCAUCAUUUUGGAAGAUUUGACGCCAAAAGAUACAGGGAAUUAUACAUGCAAAGUCUGUAACAUACAUGGAUGCAUCGAGUACAGUACACGCAUCGAAGUUAUAGAUCGUUUUCCAGCAAAGCCAUACAUUGUAGACGGCCAUCCAGCCAAUCAAACGGCAUGCGUUAACGGAAGUGUAACGUUCAGUUGUCUUGUUAUCGGCGAUAUUGCCGCUCACAUUACGUGGGCGAAGUAUCAUGCGUAUAACGAUUCCGAUACCAACUGGACCUCCAAACCAAAUACAAUUCGUUUCGAGGCUGACGAUGAAGAGAGACAGGGACAGCUGACUCUUCACAAUAUCACACACGCAGACGAAGGAUGGUACACAUGUAUUGUGGCCAACAGUUUGGGUACAACGGCUAACAGUGCAUAUUUACACGUUGUUGAUGGAGAAACGCUACCAUGUCCUGAAAAGCUGCGCCAGAAUCGAGUCCGUUCGGUUGCCAUGCAACCAACAGCAGCGAAAGAAUCACCAAAUUCAUCAACAGCUUCAAAUCCACGACUGGCAGUUGUUUCGAAAAAUACCCAUAACAUCGAAUCAUCCAGCGAUCGAAUUGAUUCGCAGGAACAAAACUAUGAUAUGAAAAUAUUUGAGGGGAAUAUUUCAACUAUUGACACAACUGACUCUGAUAUCGACGAUCAAAUACCCAAUGAAAAUCAAGACGAUAAGGAUUCCAUUCAGACAUUCGAUGAAUCAGAAAGCGAUUUAAAUGCGCUGCCAUACUUUACACAUCCAGAAAUUUUGAGCAAAUUCAUUCCAAAACCAUCUGGAAAUAUGGUGAAAAUUCGGUGUGCGGCCGCAGGAAUACCCGCUCCAAACAUUACAUGGACCAAGGAUUCAAAUCAGCUCAUGAGAACCAAUGGCAAGGUUCAAUUUCGAAAAUGGGCCAUCAUUUUGGAAGAUUUGACGCCAAAAGAUACGGGACAUUAUACAUGCAAAGUCUGUAAUAUACAUGGAUGCAUUGAACACAGUACUCACGUCGAAGUUAUAGAUCGUUUUCCAGCAAAGCCGUACAUUGUAGACGGUUCUCCAGCCAAUCAAACGGUAAUCGUUAACGGAAGUGUAACGUUCAGUUGUCUUGUUAUCGGAGAUAUUGCCUCUCAUAUUACUUGGGCGAAGUAUCAUGCGUUUAACGAUUCCGAUGGCAACUGGGCCUCAAAUCCAAAUACAGUUCGUCUUGAGGUUGAAGAUGAAGAGAAGACGGAGGAGCUGACUCUUCACAACAUCACGCAUGCAGAUGAAGGAUGGUACACUUGCAUUGCAGCCAACAGUUUGGGCACAACUGCUGGCAGUGCAUACUUACACGUUGUUGAUGAUUUUGAUGAAAAACCAUUGAAAUCGGAGCACAAAUUCAGUACGCUGCUAAGCUACAUCAUCAUCAUAUCAAUGGGAGCACUGUUUCUACUGGCAAUAUUUAUUAUGUUGAUUGGAUUUAAGAAGCUCAAACGUGAAAAAUUGGAGAAACAUCGUGCAAUGGAAACGGUACAUCAAUGGACAAAAAAAGUGAUUAUUGUAAAGCCCAGUUUGGAUGAAGUCGACGGAUCGGAUGGCCUACAAAUUCCAAUUGUACGAAUUGAAAAGCAACGAACGACCGUACAUCAAUCACAAUACUCUAAUGAUCCAUCCGUUUUGAAUGAGUACGAAUUUCCGUUGGAUUCGAAUUGGGAGUUCCCACGAAAUCAUUUGAAGUUUGGGCCAACGCUUGGCGAAGGUGCUUUUGGUCGUGUUGUCAUGGCUGAGGCAUACGGAUUGGAAAAACCGCAACAGAGUCAAAUUGUCGCUGUGAAGAUGGUCAAAGAAGGGCACACUGAUGCCGAUAUAACGGGCCUAGUUCGGGAAAUGGAAGUCAUGAAAAUGAUUGGAAAGCAUAUAAAUAUCAUUAAUUUGUUGGGCUGUUGCAGUCAAGACGGUCCAUUGUAUGUGAUUGUUGAGUAUGCACCGUAUGGCAAUUUGAAAGAUUUUCUCAAGAAAAAUCUCGCAAUGGCCGAUUACAAUUCACUCAACACACAGCAUGUACUGACGCAGAAAGAGCUCACAUCAUUCGCUUAUCAAGUGGCUCGUGGCAUGGAAUAUUUAGCUUCGAGACGGUAUAUUCAUCGUGAUUUGGCGGCGAGAAAUGUGCUCGUUUGCGAUAAUUACAUAGUAAAGAUUGCCGAUUUUGGUUUGGCAAGAGAUGUCCAAGAGUCCGACUACUAUAGAAAAUGCACCAAUGGACGGCUGCCAAUCAAAUGGAUGGCACCAGAAUCAUUGAGAGACCGAUUUUACGACAGUCAAAGCGAUGUUUGGUCGUACGGUAUUUUACUGUGGGAAAUUAUGACAUUUGGUGAUCAACCUUAUUCAAAUAUUUUGUACCCAUCCGAGGACUUAUACGAGUAUUUAAAAAGUGGACAUCGUAUGGAGAAACCACCACGCUGUCCGAUUAAUAUAUAUGCACUGAUGCGACAAUGUUGGAAUUGGGAUCCAAAAGCACGACCAACCUUCACGGAAAUAGUAUUUAAUCUCGAAGAUAUUCUAACGUCAUCUUCAAAUGAAGAGUAUUUAAAUCUAAUCAACGGUCCGUACAUUGAUGACCCGAGUGACGGAGAAGAUCAAGAUGUUGUAGAUGGUUUUCGAGGGCCACCAGUAUGUCGACCGUUUCUACGACGAGAUUUUCAAUGAUUAAGUUAUUUAAGUUGAUUUUUAAGUUUAUCGGAAAUAAGUUUGGAUUUUACGUGUUUAAAAUCUCUGUGAAAAUGAAAGUGAACGAGUUCAAAUCGAUUUGAAAAAUAGCUAUAAAUUUAAGAGAAAAAUGUAAAUUUUUACAUCGAACCAAGAACCAACAUAUCUUUGGGCGUUGAAUUGAAUUGAAUUGAAAGGAAGCAAUUCAUAAUCAAAAUUAUAACGUAUUUAAAUACGUCUAAUCUCUUAAGAGUGAAGUCAAUAAAACGUAAAAGUGUUUUUCAAUAUUUAGGGUUGUAUCUGAUUCUUUAUGGAGAUAAAUCCCUGUAUAUUGGGACCAAUAAUUGUGUAAAAAAUAUUUGUAAUUAAUUUCCAAUACGUGUGUCGAAUAAAAAAUAAAAACUUCUAUCAUGUACAUAUGAUAUCAAGAACUCAUUUGAAUAGCAACAAAAAAGCUGCAUGUUCCAAAGCUAUUUCAUCCACAUUGAAUGCAAUCGUAUCGAAGAUCAGUAUUUAAAAUUGUAUAGGUCAGAUUCGAAUUAAAUUUUUGAUAAAUGUUUAAGAUUACAUUUAGAAUCGACUAUUUGCACUUUAAUUAUCAUUGAAUUCUUUACAAUGAAUACUAGUACGUGAGUGUAAUACUUAUAACAUUGUCCAAUCUCUUUUCCCUUUCUAUGGACUAUAACAAAUUAGCAAUUCAGGAUACUCCUUAUACCAUGUAAAACCAUCUUUUAUAAGCAGUCAUUUGGAAUGAGAAUUAAAAGCAACGAACCAGUAGUACCGUUUAAGUUUUGAUAAGCAGUCACAUUCACAAGUUUCGUUAAUUUCCAUCAUAUGUAACCAUACAAAUCAUUUUUUUUUCAUCGAUGACUAACUUUACGUGUUAGAGCUCCAUCCUUUAGAUUUCCAGAUGGAAACAAAUCAAUCUUAUUGUUUUUCGAAAAACUGAAAUUUGCAACUCAAUUCUAACAUCGCACAUUUCAAGAAAUCCAUGCAGUUAAGAGCAAAAUGACCAUAUUUCUUUAAGUGGAAUUGAAUAGAAUCAAACAAUUUAUUUCAUACUUUACUCAAAAUUUUCAACUGAUCAAAUAACUGUAUAUUUUUUUUUUGCAUUGAUAACAAAAUAAAUGGAAAAGAUCACAAAGUA